AUGCACUCUGGCAUUGGUUACAAUACUGCAGGUCACUUGUUUCAGCCAGUCACCCUUCACUUGAAUCCAGAACCGAAUCGAGCAGCCACAGAUUCAAUGUUACCUUCACAGACCCAUCAUUACCCACAGUCUCAUGUCCCAAGCUUUCGUACUCAAUUAUCACGGUUACUUCCGCCCCCGCUGCCUUCAUUUGCCAGCAAGGACAUCAGAUACGACAGUAGAGCUGGAAACAGAAAGUCACUUUACAGUAACAGUCCUGUUUUUCUUCGCGAUGAUAUCACAACUGGUGUCGAUGUAGGACAAGUAGGGAGCAAUAUCAAGGAUCUUUAUACGUCACAAUUGGAUGAUGACAGAAGAAACAUGUCAUCACCAUUCGUGAAGAGAAGCAAGAGAGAUUCAAACUCUUCAGACACAUCCAGCACGACAUCACAAGAGAACUCUGUAAGUACAACGACUAGUUCUGCCAAAGCGGCACCAAUUCCGACCAAUUCGCAUUCAUCUAGAUUCUCUCCACAUAAAGUUCUUCCGUCGGCUGCGUUGAAUAUGAGCCCGCCAUCAUACUCCGUCCCUCCACUUAGUCUAUUGAAUCAAGUGACUGAUCCGAAUAUCUACGUCAGCGCCACCAAUAUAUCCCAGGAGAAUGUUUUUGAGACAGCUGCUCGCUUACUGUUCAUGUCGGUUAAAUGGGCUCGAAACAUUCCAUCGUUCUUGCAACAGCCCUUCCGGGAUCAGGCCAUUUUAUUGGAAGAAGCCUGGUGUGAACUAUUCAUUCUUAGCACGUCACAGUGGUCUUUGCCGAUCGACGUCUGUGAGUAG